AUGGCAGUUUCCAACAGCACCAAGCCUAUAUUGCUCUUCGUGGCAGCAGCAGCAGCGGGGCACGUCACCCCCCUACUCCGUGUUGCUUCUUAUCACAUCCAAAAAGGCUACGAUGUUCUAUUCCUCACUGGCUCGGAAUUCAAGGACCAAGUCGCCCGAGCCGGAGCGGAAUGGUCCGCUCUCGAGCCCCUGGAUAUGGAAGCCUUUGCUCCAGAGAGGCUUGCCGCAUUAGAUGCCAAGAUGCACGUUGAAAUGUUUGCAUAUGCAUUCGACAAUGUUUUCUUGACCAGUCUGCCAAAACGUGUGCAACAGCUGCGCCAGGCUCUGGAAAUGCUGCAUCAACGCGAUCCCAAUAGGGAGGUCAUCAUCUUCCACGAAGUUGGCGCUGUAGCAGUCCACCCGUUUCACUUUGGAGCACCGUUGCCGAAGGGCUACACUACAAUGCCAAAGACGAUUUGUCUGGGAAUCAACCCCAUCAUGGUCGACAGUGAGGUGACAGGCAUAUGUGGACCGGGAUUUCCCUACGAUGACUCCCCUGCAGUCAAGGCCCGACACUUGUACAUGACUGAGCUGUUUCGGAGGUUCCCUUUCCGAGGAAUAGCAGAAUCCCACGCAAAGAAGCUUCAAGAAGUCGGCUGCACAACCUGGCCAGAGUAUUUUGCCAUGGACGAUUUCGUCCUGACGUCGGAUUUGUUACUACAGCUUUGCGGUCCCGGCUUUGAGUAUCCGGAUCCUACACGAAACCCAAAAAUCAAAUUCGCUGGCACGUUGCCCCCUCAAUCAUUGAACCCGACCCUGGAGUAUCCGUCUUGGUGGUCCGAUGUCACAGACGCAUCAGCGGCAGGUAAAAAGGUUGUUUUCCUUGCCCAGGGAACGCUUACCUACGAAGCAGAGGCUCUGCUGCUACCUGUCAUCCGCGCUCUCCAAAACGAAGAGGACAUAUUGCUCGUGGUUGCGAUAGGAUCACGAGGCGCCAGCUUGCCAUCAGACUUUGAACUUCCAAAGCAUACUCGGGUGAUUGACUACUUCCCGUACGACGCCGUACUUCCCUAUGCUGAUGUCUUCAUAUUCAAUGCUGGAUAUGGCGGUGCCUCUCAUGCUAUCGGUCACGGAGUCCCAAUCGUUGCAUUAGGUACUACUGGCCAAGACAAGGGUGAAGUUGCAGCACGGAUAGACUUCUUCAAAUUGGGAAUCGCAAUCAGAUCCGAGAAACCCGAAAUCGGGGAGAUUCAUAGUACUGUUCGAAAGGUACUCGAUAAUGGAGACUACAAGAAAAAAGCACUCGAGUUACAGAAGGAGUCGUUAGACCUUGACCCUCUGGCUAUGAUCGAAAGUCAGGUGAGGGAGCUUGCGCAUUGA